AUGGCUUCUAUCAAGCUUUCGCCGGCUCUGAAGGCGCUCAUUGCCGCUCCUCAUGCUCACGGCGGGCCCGUCGCUGCCCGCUCAGCCGCCGACAUCCAGUCAACUCUUCAUCGGCUUGCGAACUCGGCAAGGGAGAACGGCGUUGGGAAGAAGGCGUGGCUGACCCUGGGGAGUGCCGCACUUGUCACCCUGAACUCGCCGGAAACGCUUUGCGCCCUCUACCGCUUCGUGACGAAGGAUGCGUCGGGCGAUUCGAGGGCAGAGACGGCGGCAGAGUAUGCAGCAGUGAUGCGAGAAGCGGGACUAAAGACUAUUUCGUUCUCUGGCAUUCCCAGGGCCAUCAACAACCUCGGAGCGCUGCGGGAGUGCCUUGAGCCGGAGGUUGCGUCUCUUCUCUCUUCUCAGCCCACACGACAACCAACGCCGACCAAUCUCCCUGACAUCCUCUCGUCCGCCAACUCUCUCUGGAACUCGAUCUAUGCCCCACACUCAACGAAACUCCUCCACAAACUCUCCCAGUCUCACCCGGACCUACCAGUCCACAUCCUCUCCUCGCACUACGGCCCACUCCUCGCAGACCCGUUCGGCCCCCCUCCGUCUGGCCAUGCGAAAGUCGGUCGGAUCUUGACGAGCGUCGUGGCGAUUGCGUGUCUGCGGGCGCAGGGUGGAGUAGGGCCGCAGGUUACGUCGCAUGUGUUCGGACUGCGGAAGGCGGGUGAGAAGGGGAGUGGAGCGGAGUUGGAGGAGAAAGUUGAGGGCGGGGAGUGGCUCACGACGGAGGACGGCGCCAAGUGGGUCAUUGAGCAGGUCGAUGCGCUUGUGCAGCUUGUGCAGGGACCUACGUUUGCGCGGGCAAAGCUGUAG